GACAAGUCCACCCACCUUGCGAGAUCUGCAGAAAAAGUGAAUCUAUGAUUUUCAUUAUCAUAUGUCGUUCGCUUUUUUCAGCUAAAUUGUGAGAAGCUGCAAACUGCGAACACAAUCAUGUGGACUGCAGCAUCCGUGUUUCUGGGAGUAUUUGUAGCUUUGGCUUCUGCCGGCUUGGUGGAUCGCGCUCAAGAUGCGGUGGAUGCGGCGCGUUAUCCUUUGGUUAAAGGGCCGUUGCGCAUUGAACUAUACAUCUCUAGACUGGACACUAACGGGAAGUCACACACUGGUUUGUCUUGCGACAUCACCGACAAGUGUGAUCCCACAGUGAUUGCCUUCAUCGAUACUGAACGACCAAACCAUGACUUUGGAGGCGAUUCAGUGCCAUAUUCUAGCUACAUUACAAUUUUUGAUGGUCGAGAGGUGGAUGUUCCUCAAAUUGAUAAAACCAUUUCGCGAGAUGUUUGCACUGGAAAGUCCGUGCGAAAAGUGGCUUUGAGAGUGCGAGCAAUCGAUAAGGACACCUUUAACGACGAUAAAAUUGACAAUUAUAAAUGCUUCAUAACCGGCGAUCAUACACCGGCAGAAAAUGAACGGGCGGCUGAAUGGAGCGAAGAAAUCGCCUGCUCGGGAGAAGAUCGAAAACAAUCCAAAGUGUACUUGAAAUACCGUUGGUAUUACAUUCCUGACACACAAUGCCGGCCUUCCAGCAAUGGUCGCACCAUUUUCUCAGGGAUGUUUUCCAAUAACGGAUUAGCUUGUAUUUUGCCGGAAAUUCGGUACACGAUGGCGACUACCUUCGUCCAAUUUUUAUUGCUGGCAUUGCUAGCCGCGUUUACUUCCGGUGGACUGAUUGACAGAGCCCAGGAUUUGGUGGAUACCAGAUACCCUCUACGACAAGGACCGAUUCGCAUUGAAAUGCACGUUAUCCGCUUGGAUACGAGAGGAAAAUCCCAUACUGGACUUUGGUGUGAUAUUACCGACAAAUGCGAUCCCACCGUGAUUGCCUUUAUUGACACGGAACGACCGAACCACGAUUUUGGAGGUGAUUCAGUUCCGUACUCUAACUACAUAACUCUGUUUGAUGGGAACAAUGUUGACGUGCCGGAAAUCGGAAAAACUAUUUCUCGGGAUAUUUGUGGCAAAGGUGUGAGGAAAGUUUCACUAAGAAUUCGAGCUAUCGACAAGGACACCUUUAAUGAUGAUAAAAUCGACAAUUACAAAUGCCACAUAACGGGCGAAAGCACACCCGCCGAGAACGAGCAGUCAUCCGACUGGUCACCGGAAGUGGCCUGCAAAGGCGAAGACAGACCCACAUCCAAAGUAUUCAUCAAGUGGCGAUGGUACUACAUUCCAGAAACCGAAUGUCGUCCCUCAUCAAAUGGACGAACAUUUUUCUCCGGAAUGUUUUCUUAGCAUCGUGAUAGUUUGUGCUCAGAUAACUUAUUUGUCUAAUCCGAAUCGUUUUGCUGUUUCUUUGUUAUUGUGUGCAAGAGCUUUUUUAUAAUUCUGAUCAAUGAAGUAGUGUUGAGAUCGAUUGACCGAACGUUCUGUUUAUCAAAUACUGUAUUAUCACGUGACAUGUUUCGGUGCUAAGAAAUGGGACAGAACUGAUGGCUUUAUAAGGUUUCGCAGCUUCAUCAACCAGUGCUAUUAAAAUUUUAACAUAUUAUGUACAA